CGGGAGGUGCAAUUACACGCAAGAGCCUCAAUCAUCUGUCUGUUUCUACAUAAACAAACAUCAACCUGGGAUGGGCAAAGUUCCUUAGAUCACCAUCUGAUAAUAUUGUAUUACUGUUUUACACAUUUAUAAGCGCUUAAAGAAGGAUCUUUAGCUCCAGCCAACGGGAUUCUGUAAACUUUUCCUGCUGUACACAUUGUCAAACUGUGGAUUUACAGAUAGCCAGUCGAGCUAGCUGGCUAAGUCUUCCAGUAGAUUUCCUGAUAUCAAAUUCGACAGCAUCCAUAUCCUGUAAAUGGGGAACAAUGCGCUCAAAGCUCAUUUGGAAACAUCUCAGAAGACUGGAGUCUUUCAGCUGACCGGAAAGGGUUUGACGGAGUUCCCAGAGGAGCUGCAGAAACUCACCGGAAACCUGCGGACAGUCGAUCUGUCCAACAACAAAAUCGAGGUGCUUCCAGCAUUCAUAGGAGGCUUCCAGCAACUCAAGAGUCUCACAAUAAGCAGCAAUAAACUGACCAGUCUACCAAAUGACAUCGGGAAACUCAAGAAGCUGGAGACUCUUAUUUUAAAUGGGAACCAGUUGAAUCAGGUUCCUUCAUCGGUGGGUCAGCUGAAGUCUUUGCGGACCCUGAGCCUGUCUGGGAAUCGCUUCAAGGAGUUUCCUAGCGGACUCUGCACCCUUCGCCAGCUCGAUGUUCUGGACCUGUCCAAGAAUAAGAUCCAGGUGGUUCCUGCAGAGGUGGCCGAACUGCAAGCCAUUGAAAUCAACCUCAAUCAGAACCAGAUUUCGACUCUGUCUCCAGAGGUGUCUCGUGCUCCCAGACUGAAGGUCUUACGGCUGGAGGAGAACUGUCUGGAGAUCUCCUCUAUCCCCUUCUCCAUCCUCUCAGACUCCCAGGUGUCCCUGCUGUCCGUGGAGGGCAACCUCUUUGAAGUUAGAAUGUUGCGUGACCUAGAAGGAUAUGAUAAAUACAUGGAACGUUUCACUGCAACCAAGAAGAAAUUUGCGUGAACAGUCAGAGGCUUGCUGCACCUGUCCUCUGCACUGGGCUUACCGUAGAAAGGUUUCAGCCGAGACUGCUUU